AUUUCUGCAGAAGAGGGAAAAAACAGAGGUGCUAAAUUUUUUUCACGGAUUAUCUGUCUCAUACUGUCACGACAGAGCAGUCCAACUUCAUGGCAUUAAACUGGGGUUUAAUAACAUAUGUCAUAUGACAAACAUUAACAAUUGGGUAAAAACUUAAAACGUCAACACAGUUCAUGCCUCCAGCAAGCAAUCAUUUCUCAACAGCCAAGAGCCCAGACCGUCUGCAAGAAACAAAGUGCAGCACAGGGGGAAGGUUUAAAACCAGGUUAGGAAAACCACAGCAACCAGAAAAAUUUAAACAUGAAACAGAAAAUAACACAAUAUGAGAAUGACCCAUGAAUAACAGGAACCAGGCAGAAAGCAGAUCAAACCUCAAGAGAAAGCAGAUAUUUUUUAACAGUAAAACUAAAGGUGUAUAGAGAAAAACAUUAAUUAAACACAACAAACAGAAUUAGAAUUUAAAUAUAUAAAAAUACCUAAAGUACAAGAUGUAAGAACUAUGAAUUAGGAAGCAAAUAAAUGCGAACAAAACAAAUUAAUCAAAAUGUUUUAAAGUAAAUAAAUAUACUUAACACCCCCUAAACAGAAAUAAUAUGUUGUGUACAAAUGUUGGGUUAAAAAAUUCAACUCAAUCCAGUUCAUUCUAAUUCACCCAAAAAAAAAGAAAAACUUUCUCAAAAUACUUUACAUUCAAUUCAACUAUGUAAAAAAAAUUCAAACUUCAGAAUCUCAACAAGAAACUUAAUUCAUACUUUAGUAAACAAUCAGUGAAUUUAUGCUGCAUGAAUUACCCAGAAAUACAAACAGUUUCUCUUGGAACAAUUUCAAAAUUUCUCUUGACAUUUCGCAGAAUAGUUCAACGGGACUUUUGUUGACCCAGCUUCCUCCUCAGCCAAAGGUUUUCAGUUCACACUCAGGAAUGAGGAAGCUCUUGCCUGCAGGAACCUGAGUCCGUCUGGUGAAAUCACGUUUUCACUGCAUGUUUAGAACAAAGCGACUGAGAGUCAUGAUGGGACGCCACUGGAGAUUAAACAAUCUGAGCUCCGUACUUCUCCUGCUUUUAUUUGGGACACGUUUCGUCGGUGCUGCAGGAGGUCACCAACUUUGUUUUACCUAUGGAUGUUUUGACUCCAGUGACACCCAGCUCUACGUGACUUUGGACGAUGAUGAAAUAUUUUAUGCAGAUUAUAAAAACAACACUAGUGUCUGGGAUGAGAAAAUAGCAACUUUGAAAUAUAGAUAUACAUCCACUGCACGUGAAUAUGUAGAAAUAUGUCGAACCGUGUGCAAUAAAGACAUACAUCGAUGGAAACCGGACCCAGACGUCAGAAGGACUAAAGAUCCACCAGAAGUGAUUAUUUACACCAAAGAUGAAGUGAUUGAAGAUGUAGAGAACAGUCUUGUGUGUUUUGCCAACAACUUUUUCCCGCCUGCCAUCGACAUCAGGUGGACCAAGAAUGACAAAGAGGUGGCAGUGGAAGAUCCCUUCAUCAAAACUAUUUCCAACUCUGACGGGACGUUUCAUGUUUUCUCCUACCUGAACUUUGUUCCAAAGCAAGGAGACAUUUACAGCUGCACUGUGGAACAUGAAGCCCUGGAGGAACCCAAGACCAGGUUUUGGGAUGUUGAAACAGAGGAGAUGAGUGUGGGUCCAACCGUCUUCUGUGCACUUGGUCUGACUCUUGGGCUGCUUGGAACUGCUGCAGGAACUUUCUUUUUUGUGAAAGGAAACCAGUAUUGUGACACCCCAGACAUUGCUGCUUAAUGCAUAGCAUAAAAGAGUAGCCUCCUUUUUUACUUUAUUUGCAUAGAAUAAUCUUUAGGCACUUUCAGGUUUUACAAGCAGGUAUUUUGCACAUAUGUUAUGUUGGUGUAACAAGAGGAAGUUUGUAAAUGUUUGUGUUAGCUUAAAUUACUUCCAGUAAAAUGACACACUAGGGUUUAAAUGUCUUCCAUAUAUAUAACACUACCAUGCAGAUGUGUUGCAUCUGUAUAUGUCUGAUCAGAUGCAGCGUCAGUAACUUAUUCAACAAGGAAAUCAUUUAAAAUUUAAAAUUCCUGUUUUCUAUAUGCUGUUUGACUGCUGUAUUACUUAAGUCUACAGUUAAAGAAGAAUUUAGAUUAUAAUAUAUUUUAAGAAAACCUCUGGCUCAAUCUUCUUCACACGGAUCCCAAGCUCUACCGGCGGGCCGAAGUGAAGCCACACAGAAAACAACAAUCAGCGUCGACGUCACAGAAUUUCAGA